UCCCAUUGAACCUUUUACCUAACCCCUCCUCCAGGGAAAAACAGCCUGAUCGUCACUGGAUUAAGUAACACCCGUUGCUUGCAGUCUCCCUGAAUAGCUUUGUUUCACUUUUUUCAUUCGUCGCCCGGAACGUCAUCCAAUCCCACAGGUCCCCUCCCCCCCUGGCAAGCCCUUCCACACAGACUCCAUUUUUUCCUUCUUAUUCUCCAUUUUCACAGCCUGGGCCGUUUUCGGGUCAUUUCGGAGCAGUUUGCUGCCAUAUUUAAUUUCGUGUACGCUAAAACCUCUGACAAAAUACUACGCCACUGCCCAGCUUGGUCACGGUUUACCCGGGCAGCAGACUCGCAGUGAAUUCGAUUUCGCCGUACUCCGUAAUCAAAAGCCAAAUCAUGGAUCCCGCACCCGCAUCUUCAGCUCCUCGUGCUACCGUUAAUAUACCCCCCAAUCACCCACUUCCUCUUGACUAUUUCACCUCAGAUUUCGUUCGACAGCAAGCUGCCAAACAACAGCACUCGAACUACCAUUCCACAUCCCUGAGAAACAUGGUGUCGACAUCUGUCAAUCGCACUGCGCUGCACCCCACUGGUGUUCAACCAGGAAAGGGCCACACUGAGCUCGAGGAGGAGCUUCACGAAACAGCCCACAUUGACUAUGAAAGAGUAGCAAUUAUCGCCAAUCCUUCUGUUGCUGCUCUCUACGAAGAUGCCCUCGUCUACGAGACCGGAACCGCUAUCACAUCCAGCGGAGCCCUGACCGCAUACUCCGGAGCCAAAACUGGUAGAUCACCCCUCGACAAGAGAAUUGUCAAAGAAGAAACAUCAGAGAAUGAGAUCUGGUGGGGUCCAGUCAACAAGCCCAUGACCCCUGAGGUCUGGAGAAUCAACCGAGAGAGAGCCGUCGAUUACCUCAACACAAGAAACCGAAUCUACGUGAUUGAUGGCUAUGCCGGCUGGGAUGAGCGCUACCGCAUCAACGUCCGCGUCGUUUGCGCACGUGCCUACCAUGCUCUGUUCAUGCGUAACAUGCUUAUCCGUCCCAAGCGGGAGGAGCUACAGCAUUUCCACCCAGACUAUGUCAUCUACAACGCCGGAUCUUUCCCCGCAAACAGAUGGACUGAGGGUAUGACAUCGGCUACCUCCGUUGCCAUUAACUUUGCCGAGAAGGAGAUGGUCAUCCUUGGCACAGAGUAUGCCGGAGAGAUGAAGAAGGGUGUCUUCACGGUUCUCUUCUAUGAGAUGCCAAUCAAGCACAACGUCCUCACCCUCCACUCCUCUGCCAACCAAGGCCCAGAUGGUGAUGUUACCCUCUUCUUCGGCUUGUCUGGUACCGGAAAGACAACCCUCUCUGCCGACCCCAAGCGUGCAUUGAUUGGUGACGACGAGCACUGUUGGAGCGACCGUGGUGUCUUCAACAUCGAGGGCGGAUGCUACGCCAAGUGCAUUGGUCUAUCCGCAAAGAAGGAACCUGAUAUCUUCAACGCUAUCAAGUUCGGAUCUGUCUUGGAGAAUGUUGUCUUCAACCCAGAGACGCGUAUCGUGGACUACGAUGAUGCUACCUUGACCGAGAAUACCAGAUGCGCCUAUCCCAUUGAAUAUAUCGAGAACGCCAAGAUUCCAUGCCUGGCUGAGCAGCACCCAUCCAACAUCAUCCUCCUUACUUGCGAUGCCCGUGGCGUUCUUCCACCGAUCUCCAAGCUCACCAGCGAACAGACCAUGUUCCACUUCAUUUCCGGUUACACCUCCAAGAUGGCUGGCACUGAGGACGGUGUCACUGAGCCCCAAGCUACCUUCUCUUCCUGCUUCGCUCAACCAUUCUUGGCUCUCCACCCAAUGCGCUAUGCUCGCAUGCUCGCUGACAAGAUUGCUGAGCACAAGGCUAACGCUUGGUUGUUGAACACCGGCUGGGUUGGUGCUGGCUGCACCACUGGUGGCAAGCGUUGCCCACUCAAGUACACUCGUGCCAUCCUUGAUGCGAUCCACUCCGGUGAACUCGCCAAGGUCGAGUACGAGACCUACGACACCUUCAACCUUCACAUCCCCAAGUCCUGCCCCAAUGUUCCUAGCGAGCUGCUGAACCCACAGAGAAGCUGGACCGGCUCCGCCAGCUUCAAGGAUGAAGUCAACAAGCUGGCUGAGCUCUUCAACCAGAACUUCACCAAGUACAGCGCGGAAGCCACCCCAGAGGUCCUCGCCGCUGCUCCAGUUGUCACUGGUGCAGAGGAGGCACCGGUCGCUGAUAAGGCCGCUCCCGUUCAAGUCAACGGCGAACAGGCCCAGGAGACCACAAAUUGACUAGCCAAGCAAGAGUCGGCGUCACAACCGGAAGAAAUCUUGACGAAAAAGUCAAAACGUCGAUUCUUGAGUUUACGAAGAAUGCUGUCCAAAAAAAAAUAGUUUGAAUUGGACAACGACCUCAUCCUUCUUUACAAACCACGCUCUAUUCUCCUCGUGAGAAAUAUUCCUUCAUGAGUCUGCACAUGUCCUCCUUUUUCUCUUUUCCUCCCCCUUUCUUUUUCCAAUCAUGAUAUUCCUCAACGCGUUUCCUGUUUAAGUGCAGAUUAAUACUGUGAUCACCUUCCAACACCAAGCAGAGUUGACAACAACUUAAAAAAAAAAAAAAUCUUGCAAAAAGCAAGAAAACCAUGUACUGCUGGUUUGGUCAAGGGACACGGAAGUUGGUAAAAAAGAGGAGGAAGAACAGAAAGAGUUAUAUUUACAUU